CUUCGCCCCUCACCCCCUCACCUUAUAUAUACUCACAACAAUUAAACAACCCAAAUCAUACUCUCUUCUCUUCUCUUCUCUUUUUCCACUUCCCUUUAUAUAUCGAACCACUCACAAAUACAAACCUUUCCUAUAUCUCUCCUCAGUCCUCUCUCAUUGCACUCGUCGAUUUCAAAAUAUGGCAAAUGCAGCAUCAGGUAUGGCAGUCCAUGAUGACUGCAAGCUAAAGUUCUUAGAACUCAAGGCCAAGAGGACUUAUAGGUUUAUCGUUUUCAAGAUUGAGGAGAAGCAGAAGCAAGUUGUUGUCGAGAAGCUUGGUGAGCCAGCACAAGGAUAUGAUGAUUUCACUGCCAGUCUCCCUGCUGAUGAGUGCCGAUAUGCUGUCUAUGAUUUUGAUUUUGUCACUGAAGAGCUUUGCCAGAAAAGCAGGAUUUUCUUCAUUGCUUGGUCCCCAGAUACAGCUAGGGUUAGGAGCAAGAUGAUUUAUGCUAGCUCCAAAGAGAGAUUCAAGAGGGAACUUGAUGGAAUUCAAGUAGAGUUGCAGGCAACUGAUCCUACUGAGAUGGGUCUUGAUGUCUUCAGAAGCCGCACCAAUUAAACUAUUGUAAACUAUUGUGAUUAGGAAUAGAAGGAGUUAUCAUGAAGACUCUUUAUGGAGAUGUAUGUCUAUAUACACAAUUUGUGGAAUGGUCAACUUGGGUAAUUAUGGACUCCAUUGUUCCAGGUUUUGACAUGUAGUCUAUUACACCUUCAAAACAAGCUUCUUUUGUUCCAGUGUAUCUUGUGGUUUGUGAUUCUUACAGAAUCUGAUCUGUAUCCGAGUGGCAUUGAUUUAAUAUGGGCACUUGUCAUUUGAUAUUUUUACUGA